AUGGACGGGUCGGUUGUCAUGACUGACGAGUCGAUCGAUCCGCCGGCACGCCUCUUCGAACGUCUGCGGCUGAUACCUGGCUUCGCAUGGGAUGAAUCGAGACCGCUUUUCCACUCAAGCUAUGACAGCUGGCUAGGCUCUGUCUCUGACCUCGUUACACUCAUCAGGCAUGUGUUCGGGACGAGAUUUGUCUCCCUUUACGCCACUGCGCCUUCGGCACCUUCCGCAGCCCUGUCGCCUUCCGCCAAUAGUGCGGCCAGUCCCUCUUCGAUCGCGAAGCUCACCUCAAGCCGAGCUUCCCCCGCCGAUCCAUCCGCGCUCCCAGAUGCCAACAGCGAAGUCCCAGUUGUAUCACCGCCUAUCAACGCAGCAGACGCAGCCGGAUCAGCCCUCGCGGAAGAACCUAUUAUUGCCCGAGUAUCGCUCAAUGUUCUUCGAGAGGAGAGGACGUUCCAUACGAGCAAGUCUUUGAGUACCACUGCAGAUCCGGAAGGCGAACAUCUGGUCAAGCCGAUUGACCUCGUUCAGCUUUCGCCUCAGCAGGGCGACCGGGGGGUUUAUGUAGUUGCUAUCUAUCAGGACCCUGGACCAAAUGCUUUGCCGAAGUUACUCGACCUAGGCCCGGCAUUUUACUAUGCGCGGAAGGGCCCUGAAGGCUAUGAGGCAUAUCGGAAAGGAUUCUUUGAGCUCGACCCUCCUAUCAGCUUACAGAACUUCCUUGACUUCGCCAUCGGUGCGACACAAUGCUUGGAGAUGAUUCACCAUGGACUCGGCCUAACACAUGGCGAGAUCCGCGGCGAUGCGUUCCACUACAAUGUUGAGACGGGCAAGGUCAAGUUGGUGUCCUUUGGGUCGGGCCUACGAUCUUUCGAGCACGGCUUGACAAGCACCGGUUGGUCUGUUCUGUCCAAGGAGCUUGGGGCCAAGAACAAGUUGCUUUACAUCAGUCCAGAGCAGACUGGCCGAAUGCCUGCCGAACCCGAUUCACGAACCGACAUUUACUCCACGGGCGUCCUCUUUUGGAGCUUACUUACCCAGCAGCCCGUUUUCGAAGGCGAUACGGCGUUGGACAUUGUGCAGGGCGUUUUGGGCCGUCGCAUUCCCAACGUGUCCGCAGUCCGGCUCGAUGUUCCGGAUGCUCUUGGGAGGAUCAUUCAGAAGUGUACUUCGAAGAAUGUGGCAGAGAGGUAUCAAUCCGCCAGCGGCCUCCGGCACGAUCUUGUCAGAGUGCAGGAGUUUCUCGGGGGGGGCGACUGGCUGGCCCUCAAGGAGUGGCAGAUUGCUUCGAAAGAUGUCUCCUCCUUCUUCAUGAUGCCAGCCAUCAUGAUAGGACGAGACAAGGAACGUGACCAAUUGGUGCAGGUCAUAGAGAGGGUUGCAAAGAGUCACUCGAUGAACCAUCCACCCGCCGGAAACCGGUUUUCUGAUGGCUCAAGUCUGUCCAACUCGAACGAGUUUCUGGAUGGGGCCGACGUUUCCAGCGAAGGUGCGAGCUCUGGCGAAGGUGGCAAUCGCCGCAGCGGGUCUUUCACUCAGACUGUAUCGUCUGAUCCCAAAUGGAGGAGUGGCCUCUUCCCCUCAAGCCAUCCCGCCGACUCCCAAACGCUGUCAUCUGACACGCUGUCGUCGGGCAACUCCGGGACGCCUGGCUUCAGGAUGCCGCAAAGAGCCUGGGAGAGACACCAACCUUUGCCGUUCGACACAAGGAGUCUGACGGACUCGGUAAAUACAGGAAGUGAUUCGGGGCGCUAUUCAGCCGCGAUGGAAUCGUCAGCAAGCUUAUCAAAACAGCUGGGAUCGGCCAAGUUUCGCCGGAGGGGUCACUGCGAGAUUGUCACCGUGGAGGGCUCUGCCGGCCUUGGAAAGAGCUGUCUGGUGCAGUCUGUCCUCGCUGAGGCCCGACGCAGGGGCUACUGUGCCACAGCGAAAUUCGAGACCACUCGCAGAGCCCCUUUUGGGCCCCUGUUGAAGCUCCUAUCUUCACUCUUCAGACAGGUCUGGGGCGAGCGGAACACCGAGACUCCUUUUCACCAGUCUCUGAAACAAUAUGUACGACCUCUAUGGCCGAAUCUACAUCGGGUUCUGGGUCUGCCCGAAUUCCUUCUGGGACCCGUAGAACACUCUGUCACGCGGGCCGCAUCGGGCUCUCAAAGCUCAGGAUGGUCCAAGAGUGGGCGAGGUGGCCUCAGACGACGAGGAUCAUCCCCCGGCUCGCCCAGCUCAUUAUCGCGGGGCCAGAAACUCUCUGCGCCAAGCUCGGAGGACUUUUUGCGACGCGGUACAUCCACCAAAUCGAGCAGGCUCAUGAAUACCUUUUUGGACCUUUUGAGGAUGUUCACGAAUCACAAAUUCAUCUGCUUCUGUUUGGAUGACCUCCACUUUGCCGACACAGAGUCUUUGGAGCUGAUCACGCAAGUCAUCAGCUCGCGACUCAAAAUGGUCAUCAUCAUUACCUAUCGCCCCGAGGAGAUGUCUGCGGAGCAGGUGGAAGCCCUGGUAUAUCCUCCGGAAACCGAAGAAAUGCCAAGAGCUCGAGGCCCGACCAUCACCAAGAUACAACUCUCGCCCUUGACCGACGACGAGUUGGUACAAUAUGUCGCUGCAACGCUGUGCAAACCGAAAGAAGAUGUGACAGGUUUGGCUAUGGUUAUACAAGUGAAAUCUGCCGGCAACCCCUUCCUCAUGAGAGAGAUGCUCAGUGCCUGCUAUCGAAAGAAAUGCAUCUGGUACGACUAUCAUACUAGCCAGUGGCAUUACGACGUGAAUCGUGUGUUCGAGCAGUUCAAGGGAGACAGCAACUACGAGAUUCUCGACACCGACUUUAUCACUGGCCGGUUGAACGAACUCCCUCCAGCAUCAAGGUCAAUUCUUGCGUGGGCCGCUCUGCUUGGGAACGCCUUCUCGUUCGAGAUGGUGUGCCAUCUACUGACCGGAGAGUUCAAAUAUUUCGACGAGGCCGGCCACCCUUUUUCAGAAGGUCCUUGUGCCCAAGUGUACACCCAACAAGAGGCGGUAUCCGGUCUGCAAGCUGCCAUCCAGGCCUGUGUCAUCACCUCAAGCGAGACCGAUGAUAGGUUCCGGUUUGCUCAUGACCGCUAUGUUCAGGCAGCCUCCGCGCUAAAGCAGUGCAAUUCGAGGGCCAUGCACUUCAUCAUCGCUCAAACAUUGAUGAAGUAUUACUGCGACGACGUCAAAUCGAGGGAGAUUGCAGCUUUCCACAUCUGUGAAUCCAUCGAUAUCAUCAAGAACCAAGUCCGGGAGCGGGCACCGUACCGAAAACUCCUUUGUGAAUGCGCCGGACUGGCCAAUGAAAACGGUGCAAGAACAUCUGCCGCCAAAUAUUACAGCAAUGCCUUGGCACUAUUGCAGCCUGACCCUUGGGCAGAUGACGGCGAAGACGUCUCCUAUGAAGAGACACGCCAACUCUAUCUUCGCGCGGCGGAAUGUUAUCUGUACAUGGGCCAGCACCCCCUGACCAACAGUACCUUGGACAUGGUCUUCAAACGCGCGAAAACGCCAAUGGAUAAAGCGCCCGCAUAUGUCAUCCAGUCUCGGAUCUUCUCACAGAAUGGAAACUCGCUUACCGCGCUCAGAUGUCUCAAGGAUUGUCUGAAGGUGCUCGAGAUCGACUACCAUGAGAAGCCAACGUACGAGGAGUGCGACAAGAAGUUCGAGCAAAUCUCGGCCAAGAUCAAGUCCAUGGACCGCGCAGAUAUACUCAACGUUACUCAAGCUAGUGACGCGAGAGUGUCGUCUGUUGGCGCCGUCUUGGUGGAGGCAAUCAGCGCUGCUUGGUGGUGUGAUUGCGUUGAGUUUUACAGUCUGGCUCUGGUGAUGCUGGAGCUACACUUCUCAGAUGGUGCUUUCCCGCAGACCGGCAUGGGCUUUCUUCACCUCUCGCUGGUAGCUCUUACACGUUUCAACAUGGUGCAGCUCGCGGUAGACCUCGCCGGCUACGCGAUGGAGCUGAUUGACGCCUUCCGAGACCCCUUUUCGAUGGCCAGAGGCUACAUGAUAUUCGCAAAUUUUAUCGGACACGUCCAGUACCCUAUUAGUACAACCGCCGCUCAGCUUGACGGCUCGAUCGAGUACGCAGCUUUUGCCGGGGGCCGCCUCUCGGCAAUACUUGGUGCUGGCUUGGCUGCCCAGAUCAAGUUCUUUGCCAGCGAAAACUGCGCAGAUCUCGAGGCAUUCUGUCAAUUUGCUUGUGAAGAUGUUCCGAACUGGCAUCAGGAUGCCAGAGGAGGCACGCUUCUCAUCGCCGUGAGGCAGGUAUGUCGAGCACUUCAGGGGAAGACAAACAUCACGAGUUCCACAGACAUGAUGUGCGAUGAUCAGCAUAACACCGUGUCGUAUAAAACCUGGUUGCAAGGCAAAAGUGAUAACGGGCUGCGCGCCCUUGCCUUCUACAACAGCGUGGAAAUUGUACCGCUCUACCUCUACGGCUUUUACGAGCGCGCCGCCGAGGUUGGCAAGAAUUGCCGUCAGAACGAGGGUCUCCUUUGGUCGGCGCGAAACACGCAACUGGCAGCACUGUUUUACGGCUUGGCACUUGCUGGGCUCAUCUUGCGAAAGGAACAAGAUCCUCGUGCUAGACCUGAUGAUGACAUGGACCAAGUCAGGGAGACAAUCAAAGAAUUGGAGGCGCUGAAGCAGAAGUUUCUGGACUGGUCAGUAGUCACGGAUGUCAAUUACCUGGCGUGGACGAGGCUCUUGGAGGCGCAGAUUGCCGAACUCGAAGGAGAUCAAGGCAGAGCAAUUCGGCACUAUGAGGAGGCUCUCGAUCAUGCAUCCGAGCAUGAAUUCGUAUUCGAGGAAGCCCUCGGCAACUACCUGAUGGCGGGCAUUUUCGUCCGCCACUCGGCAAGGCGCUCUGCAAGAUCCGCGCUUCGCGAUGCGAUCGCUCUGUACAGACAGAUGGGCGCUACAGGCAUUGCCGAGCGCAUCGAGAGGGAGCAUAGCCUUUUGCUACACGGCCCAACCCGCAACCCCCGAACUACAGAGGUUGGUGUGCAGACCGACUUUGCCGGAGAUGCUCCGUCCGGCCAAUACAGAGCCGUCGAAGUUGAUGGAGAGGAAGACCAUCUCACGGAUCAGGCCGCCCAAGUUGGCAUGCUCGCCUUGAAAGGAGAACGAUUGGGGGCUUGGAGAGGGACCAUGCAACCAGAAGCGGGCGCUGGGCUUCCGGCUCUCGACAUGAUUGACUUGCAUGCAAUCUUGCAAUCUUCCCAAGUCAUUUCUUCCGUUCUUCAAGUCGAGGAACUCCUGAAGACCAUGUGCGACGUCAUUCUGCAGACUUGCGGUGGCUCUGCUACUCUGGCUGCGAUUGUUGUCCAGGACGAAGGGAAUACAGAGUGGUGUGUAGCGGCAAGUGGCGAUCCGGAGCGAGGAGCGGAGGCCCAUAAACCCGGCAUACCACUGACGGGCACCUCACUUGUCGCAGAGAAUGUCGUUCUCUACAGCACCCGCUUCCGUGAAGCUGUCUUUAUUGCCGAUCUGAUCAACGACGAGCGUUUUGGAAACGUCAGCGAAUGCUGGCUGCAAAGAAACCCGCUCAGCAAAGCUGUCAUAGCGAUACCAAUUUGCCAUGGGUCCAAGCCUCUACUCGGAGUGCUCUAUCUCGAGGGAUUGCCAGGGUCAUUCACAGACAGGAACGUUACCGUACUCCAGCUUCUCGUCAACCAGAUUGGCAUCAGCUACUCCAACGCGCUCUCCAUGAAGGCAGUAGAGAAGGUGUCAGCCGAAAAUGUCUCCAUGGUUGCCCUCCAGAAACGAGCCUUGCACAAGGCGAUAGAGGCCGAGAACAAGGCCAAGGCAGCCGAGCAAGAGGCGAAGCGAAACGUCCAGCUGGCAGAGGAGGCCGAAGCUGAAGCGAAGCGCAAUGUGAAACUGGCGGAGGAGGCAGCCAAGGCCAAAUCGAUCUUCCUCGCCAACGUGUCUCACGAGCUGCGCACGCCACUGAACGGAGUCAUUGGCAACUCGGAGCUCCUGCGGGACAGCAAUUUGACCAGCGAGCAGCAGGAGAUGGCCGAAUCCAUUCGACUCUCGGCCGACUUACUGCUCACUGUCAUCAACGACAUUCUGGAUUUCUCUAGGAUGGAAGCCGACAAGAUGAAGCUCUACGUCAUCGCCUUCAACCCGAAGGAGAUGGUCCAGGAAGUAGUACGCGCCGUGUCCUACCGUAACCAGGAGAAGACUUCCCAAGGCGUGGUACAGAUCAUCAAGCAGAUCAAUCUCCCGACAGACAUGCUCGUCUAUGGCGACCCCGUUCGCCUGCACCAAGUUCUCGGGAAUCUCAUAGGGAACAGCUUGAAGUUCACCGAGAAAGGAUCCAUUACCAUUGGCGCACGAGUCGAUGCCGAGACUGACGACAAAGCCACCAUGACCUUCUGGGUUGAAGACACGGGCAUUGGUAUUCCGCCGGCACAGCUUGCCAAGCUAUUCCAGCCCUUCAGCCAGGCCGAUCCAAGCACUGCCAGGAAGUAUGGCGGCAGCGGUCUGGGCUUGAGCAUCUGCAAAUCGCUUAUCGAGACGAUCAUGAAGGGCAGGAUCUACCUGGACAGCAAGGAGAAUGUGGGGACCAGAGCUUGGUUUACCGUCACGUUCGACAAGGCACGACCCGAGGUGUCCGCGGGCGAUGCUCAGACCAAACCUUCCCAACAGCUCCUGCCUGAGAUCUCAGCCAAGUCGCCUCCACCAGCAGACGGCAUGACCUUUGAUAGAGAUGUCUCGCCCAACCCGUUUCUCGAUCUGAGCAAGAUACCCAAGAGCGAAUUGCGAGUGUGCAUUGCGGAAGACAACCCCAUCAACCGCAAGAUCGCGAUCCAGUACGUGCAACGUCUAGGUUACAACGUCGUCGACGCCUAUGACAACGGGCUCAAGGCUGUUGAGGCCCUCCGCCAGAAGGCCAAGGAUGGCGAGCCCUACCAUGUCAUCCUCAUGGAUGUUCAGAUGCCCGUGCUGGAUGGCUACGAAGCUACUAAACUCCUUCGUCAGGACCCCAUCGAGGCGGUCCGGGACAUCCUUGUCAUUGCGAUGACGGCAUCCGCGAUUCAGGGAGAUCGGGAGAAGUGUCUAGCGGCCGGCAUGAACGACUACCUCGCCAAGCCAGUCAAAUCGGAUGUGCUAAAGAAGAAGCUUGACACGUACAUUGGCGCCCAGCCUGUUAGCGAGGAUGGUGUGAUCCCCAGUCCGCCUCUAAAUUCCCAGACAGCAACGCCGACUCCUUUAGCACCACAACCCAUACACCUCCCACUCCAUCCGGUGCCGAAUGGCACGUCAUCGCAGGGUCUCCCGGUUCCCAGCAACAACGAAAGCACUAUUUCAUCGACGACGCCGACGAAUCUGAGCCGUUCGUCGAGCGACAACCGCCGGUCUUCAGACAACGGCUCCGUUGAGAACCUCAACUCAGCACCGCCGGCAAAACGACAACCCAGAAAGCUCACCAAGAACCGUGGCAACAGUGACACAAGCGUCACGACCGUCAUUGCCGUGCCGUCGCCCUCGACGACGCCUGCUCCCUCUGUCGUCCAGUCGGAGAGGUCCAGGCCCGGGGUCUUGCAGAAGAGAAAUCAUUCAUGA